GUGCGGGUACUAUACUAGUCCAUCCCCACAUCUUGCAGCUCAGUGAAGCUUCUCUCUCUCUCUACAUCUUGAAUGAUCACUCAACAUUGUGGUAACAAAAUCAAACAUGAAUUAGAGAGAAAGCAAAAUAAACACAAUGAAAGUUAAUUUCUUGAGCAACUUCUUGAUACUAUUAGUUAGUUCUUUUACAGCUCAAUUAAUCAAUGGAGUAGCAGACACCCAAAUUCAAGAUUUCAAUGGCAAGGAAAAAACCAGAAGAAUUCUGCACCAACCACUCUUUCCAGUUACUUCAUCUCCACCACCAAAUUCAGAAAUAUCUCCACCUAUUGACCCUAUUUUCCCCAGCCCAGACCAGCCCUUUUUCCCAGAAGUUCCCACAGUACCAACUUCAGAUCAAACACAACAACAAUCUCCACCAAUUCAAGCCAAUUAUGGGACUCCAAUUUCACACCCUAUUGCUCCUCAGCCACAAAAUCCAACCAAGAAACUAGCUAUUGCAAUAUCAGUUGGAAUUGUCACUUUAGGAAUGUUAUCUGCUUUAGCAUUUUACCUCUACAAACACAGUGUUAAACAACCUGAUGAAACUCAAAAACUUGUUGGUAACAACAAUUCUCAAGAAAGAAACAAUCAAGAAUCAAGAAUGCCACCUUCCAAUUUUCUUUACAUUGGUACAGUUGAACCAUCAGCCAAUAACACAUCAGCUAACCAAUCAAAUGUUGCUAAUUCUUCCCCUUAUAGAAAAUUGAGCUCUGUUAAAAUAUCAGAUAGGUAUAGACCAAGUCCUGAACUUCAUCCACUUCCACCAUUGAGAAAUUCCAUAGUCCCUCCUAUAAUUAAUUCACCCCCGAGAAUGUCAUUAUCUGAUGAGGAGAAUCAUAACACCAUAUUUUACACUCCAUGUAGUAAUAGGAUAAACAAGCAACUUAGAGUAGAAAAUCAUGUGAAUAAAUCUAUUCCUCAUUCAAAGAGAACAUCUCCAAGAUUGUCUCUUUCGGGUUCAUCCCCUGAUAUAAAACGCGCUAUAAUACCAUCAGUUAAACAAAAUUCAGCUUCUCCUCCACCACCGCCUCCGCCUCCGCCUCCACAGCAAGAUCAUUUGACGGAAUUUCCAGAAGAACCUCCAUUGCAGCAUAAGAAGCGAGCGCUAUCUUAUGUGCCACAAAGGGCGAAAUUCUCAUCACCACCACCUCCACCAGAUAUGUCAAGGCUUAAAUCAAUAAGCAAUCAAUACCAACAAACAUCAAAAGUCCCAGCUCCCCCUCCUCCUCCACCACCUCCUCCACCUCUACUAUCAACACCCCGAAAACUUGGAAGCAAAGCCGGCUCAAAGGCUAUUAAUUCCAUUGAGCCGCCCUUGCUUGGAGGAUCACAGAGAAGUAUUGGUUCAACUGCUUCUUCGCAAGUGUUAAAGCCUCAAUCAAGUAGUCCCACACCAAAAUCAACACCUGAGAGUGAAAAGAAAAGGCCUUUGGAAGAACAAAACGGAGAAGCCAGACAUGAUACCGACACUACGGAUGAAUCAAAGCCCAAGUUGAAGCCUUUACAUUGGGACAAAGUACGAGCAACUUCUGAAAGAGCCACGGUGUGGGACCAGCUAAAAUCGAGCUCUUUCCAGUUAAAUGAAGACAUGAUGGAGUCACUCUUUGGAUGUAAAAAUUCUGCUAAUUCAGCUCCAACGGAUACUACUAGGAAAUCAGUUCGUCCUCCUGUUGAGAAGGAGAACAGUGUUCUAGACCCGAAAAAAUCACAAAACAUUGCCAUAAUGUUGAGAGCACUGAAUGUAACUAAGGAUGAAGUCUCUGAAGCCCUUUUAGAUGGAAAUGCAGAAGGAUUGGGGCCUGAACUUCUGGAGACUUUGGUCAAGAUGGCUCCAACAAAGGAAGAAGAAAUAAAACUAAGAGAUUACAACGGGGACACUUCAAAAUUAGGGUCUGCAGAACGAUUCCUCAAGGCUAUUCUUGAUAUACCAUUUGCCUUUAAAAGAGUCGAAGCCAUGCUAUAUAGAGCAAAUUUUGAUGCUGAAGUAAAAGAUUUGAGAAAAUCUUUCCAGACCCUUGAGGAAGCAAGUCGAGAACUAAAGAACAGCAGACUAUUCUUCAAACUCCUUGAAGCUGUACUCAGGGCAGGAAACCGCAUGAAUGUUGGCACUAAUCGCGGUGAUGCCAGAGCGUUCAAACUUGAAACUCUUUUGAAAUUGAUAGAUAUAAAGGGAACAGAUGGAAAGACAACCUUGCUUCACUUUGUCGUCCAGGAGAUUAUCAGAUCAGAAGGGCUGGGUUCUGAUACCAGGGACGAUAACCUACCAAAUAUAUCAAAUAUCAAAUUCAAAGAGGAAGAAUUCAAGAAGCAAGGGUUGCAGGUAGUUGCUGGAUUAAGCAGAGAACUCGGCAAUGUGAAAAAAGCCGCAGGAAUGGACUCAGAUGUCCUAAGUGGCUACGUGUCAAAGCUCGAGGCUGGACUUGUUAAAGCUAGAUCCAUUUUGCAAUAUGAAAAGAAAGGCGCGGAAGGAAACUUUUUUGAGUCAAUGAAAGUAUUUCUCAAGGACGCAGAAGAUGGUAUAGUGAGGAUUAAGGCGGAGGAAAGAAAGGCUUUGUCUAUGGUCAAAGAGGUGACGGAAUAUUUUCACGGUGAUGCUGCAAAAGAGGAAGCUCAUCCUCUCAGAAUAUUCGUUAUUGUGAGAGAUUUCCUCUCUAUAUUGGAUAGCGUGUGCAAAGAUGUCGGGAUGAUGCAGGAUAGAACAAUGGUUGGUGCGGCAAGAUCAUUCAGAAUAGCUGCAACUACCUCACUGCCAGUCUUAAAUAGAUAUAAUGCGAGUCAAGAUAGGCGUUGGGAUGACGAUAGCUUAUCACCUUGACGUUAUGUGCAAAAAUGAUGCUAGGACCGCACUCCUGUCCAAAAAUUAUGCAUUUUGGAGGCUCCGACAAGGGUGCAAUGACAUUUUUGGAGGUUCCGAGCAACACAUGUUACAAUUACUACGAUGUAGGAGGAAGACAGGAAAGUGGCAUCACAACUUAAGCAAUCUCACUUCAUUAAGGAGAAUCAGCAUCUGGUGCUUGUAAGUAAAAGAUUUGCAUCGAAUUGCCCGGCAUCAUGACGAGGGAAAGGCAAAAGAACUAUAAAUGGUCCAAGAAUUAAACCAUCAAACAAGUAGACAUAAGAAUAAGAGGCUGCAAUAUUUUGGGAUACUGUCAAAAGCAACUAUUAUUAAUUAUAAUCAUAAGUUCAACACAAAAUGAUCAAUUUAAAGUAAAGGGGUUAUUUCUUAUUUCUGUAUAGACCUAGGUAAGAAAAUCUUGUUCAUUUGUAUACAUAGUCAAGAGACAUAAAAGUUCAGUUCCAGAUGACAUAAUAUAUAGUCUGAUCUUGAUUUUGGUGUUA